AUUAUAUAUUAUUAUUUAAGUAAUUAUAUGUUUACAAUUUUUUUUUAGGUAUAAAUGGUACUCAAAAUUUUAAGAAUAUGCCGUGGUGUGCAGUAGAGGGUUGUAGAAAUAAUUUAAAAGCCACAAAGAGAGCAGGUAAAAAUGUAUCAUAUCAUAUUUUCCCCAAGAAUCCUCAAAGGCGUAAUGCUUGGUUACAAGUCAUUAAGAGAACAACAAAAUUUAAUGUGAAUUCUUCUUAUGUUUGUUCUGAGCAUUUUGUUCCUGAUGAUUUUGAGUGUAAUAGUUUAAAAGAAGAAUUACUAAACAUUAAAAUUAAAAAACAACUUAAGAAAACUGCCAUUCCAUCAAUAAAUAUUAAUUAUUCAACACCAAAACUCGUAACCAUUGAUAAUGAAAACUCCACUUUUUUAGUUGAUAAAUCAAAGAAUGAUAUUUUUAUGUCUGAGACUAUUUCUGAUAUCUAUAAUGUGAAGUGUUGUGUAUCUAACUGUAAUAGUAUUUAUGAUGCUGAGGUACUAGAAUAUAAUGAAAAUAUUUUGUUCCAUAGUUUUCCCAAUGAGACUGAAGUUUCAGAAAAAUGGUUAUCUUUUUGCAAUCUUCCUAAACAAUUUUUAUUAGAUAAUCCGAAUGCUAAAAUAUGCUCAAAGCACUUUGAAACUAAUGAUUAUUCAGACAACAAUAGUGAAUUGAUAUAUCCAGCGAACAGAUUAUUGAAAAAGUUUGCUAUUCCUUCUUUAGUAAAUGAAAAACAAAAAUCUGUCAGUACAAAAAAUGAACAAGAUUUGAGAUUGGAAAGAAAAAAAAUUGUUGAUAAACUUUUGGCUGACUAUGAUGAACAAAAAAAUAUAACUAAAAUAGAUAACAGUUUAUAUUCUAAAUAUGCAGACUACUUUUCAACUAAUAUCAUCCCUAAUGCUAAGCUUGGUGAUAAAUUAAAAUUAAUAAAAGCUAAAGAUCAAUCAGGAACUUGUUAUACUUCCUGUAGAAAAAGAAAAAAGUUCAAGGAACCUAUCAAUAUUAAUUUAACCAAUACACAACUUCCUAAUGUUGUUAUUCAGAGUCCUAAAUUAAAUAAUGAACAUGUUAUUCAUGUAUCAACUGUUCAAGGAGGACUUAUGCUACAAGCAAUACCUCAACCUGAACCAGUCAUAAAACAAGCUAAAAUAUCACAUCAACUUGAAAAAGAUUUGCCAGAAUUAGAGGAAGAAAUUAUUAUUGUAACAGAAGAUGAAGCUAAUAGAGUGGAUCUAUCUUCAUAUUCCCAACUGCACAAAGAAAACAGUGCUGAAGUAGUUAUAGUUACCGAUUUAAAAGACACAGAUAA